UAUGCGCAUAUGAUGAUGCCAAAAAAAAAGCAUUGCUUACCACUGAGGGAUAUAACGCUUAUGUUUCUGAUGGUAUGGGCGCGCCUUGUGCUAGUGCAUCCCCGGGCUCCGUACGCUUCUUCCACAAGUUCGACCCUAUCCCGUCCAUCGGCAUGUGGGAGGGCAAGUAUGCACACUCCGUCGAGCACGCCGUCAUGGUGUACGAUGAGGUGUCGAAGGACUGCUCAGUUUCUGAGUCCGAGUGCCGCAUCCAGGUGGAUACGUCUAACGUUUUCGGCACGGUUGACCCCGAGGGUAUCGUGAACUACCUCUGCACCAAGCACGGAGUCGAUCCCAAGUCUAUAGCAACUGGCUGCGUUGAUGCCAUGACGAGCUACUACACGAUGCUCAACCCGUGGCCUUGUGCGCAGCUGCUCGCGAAGGGACUCAUGAGCGAAAUUCCCAUUCCAGGGGCCCAUGAGGCCACUGAUGCCGUUUAUAACUUGGACCACGUCGAGUUUCAAGUCGGAUUCUAUCACGUGGACGGCGACUCUUUCCGUAAGUGGUUCGGGUACUGGUUUGUCGAAUUCGACAGGUAUGAAGAGUGUGUCCUCGACUGGUUCGCGUCCAUUGACACGGGUUACAUGAAGGCCGUGGUUGAUAUGCCCGCGACGUACGGGCUCGCCUUCACGUUCUCUUGGACCCACAGCACGUACGGAUUCUACCCGUUGUGUAUUUCUGUAUCCAGCUCGGGGGAUGUUUCUGCUGCGGACUCGGCCGCCUCGGAAGGAUUCGAGCUUCUCUCUGAUUGCACGUCCUCUAGUGCGGAGGCAGCUUGCGAAGAUCCCAGCGUGUCUGGAUGCGCAGCGUGGGACAUGGAGUGCACCCAGCUGUGUAUCUGCGAAAGCGGCGCGAGCGGCUCUGCGUCUCACUGCAGCAAAUUCAGCGAAGACGGCUGUGAGAGCACCUACAAGGGGGGCGAGGAAUCGUCGGCCAAGGACGAGUGGGACGCGGCGAAGGGCGGCGAGGGCGGUGAGGGCGGUGAGGGCGGUGAGGGCGGCGAGUAG